AUGAUUCCUGGCAAGAUUUUAGUCUACCACAACCCUUCUGGGGGCACGCGUACAGAAACUUAUAAAAGUGCUAGAAGGCGUAAAAAAUCUCUUGGAGAAUUGUUCCAAAAUGGAUAUCGUGUCAAAGCUGGACUUAAUAUCCCUGAAAAGGAAGAACAACAUACUUUUCGAAACUCCUUGGUGUCUUGUUACAGGGUCGGCUCGUACUGGGGUUUAAGAUUUUUAAGAGCCCUUAGAUUGAUACAGUUUUCAGAAAUUUUGCAGUUUCUGAAUAUCCUUAAAACAAGUAAUUCCAUCAAGCUAGUGAAUCUGUGCUCUAUAUUUAUCAGCACGUGGCUGACAGCAGCUGGGUUCAUACAUUUGGUGGAGAACUCAGGGGAUCCAUGGGAAAAUUUCCAAAAUAAUCAACCGCUAACGUAUUGGGAAUGUGUUUAUUUACUGAUGGUUACAAUGUCCACUGUUGGCUAUGGAGAUGUUUAUGCAAAAACAACCCUUGGUCGCCUUUUCAUGGUCUUCUUCAUCCUUGGGGGAUUGGCCAUGUUUGCCAGCUACGUCCCUGAAAUCAUAGAGUUAAUAGGAAACCGCAAGAAAUAUGGUGGUUCCUAUAGUGCGGUUAGUGGAAGAAAGCACAUAGUUGUCUGUGGUCACAUAACACUUGAAAGUGUGUCCAACUUCCUGAAGGACUUCCUGCACAAGGAUAGGGAUGAUGUCAACGUAGAAAUUGUCUUUCUGCAUAAUAUCUCCCCUAAUCUUGAGCUGGAAGCUCUUUUUAAAAGACACUUCACUCAGGUGGAAUUUUAUCAGGGUUCAGUCCUUAAUCCCCAUGACCUGGCGAGAGUGAAGAUAGAGUCAGCAGAUGCGUGCCUAAUCCUUGCCAAUAAAUACUGCGCUGACCCAGAUGCUGAAGAUGCCUCCAAUAUUAUGAGAGUUAUUUCAAUAAAGAAUUAUCAUCCGAAGAUAAGAAUUAUCACUCAGAUGUUGCAGUAUCACAAUAAGGCUCAUCUGCUAAAUAUCCCAAGCUGGAACUGGAAAGAAGGGGAUGAUGCAAUCUGUCUUGCUGAGCUCAAGCUGGGUUUCAUAGCCCAGAGCUGCCUGGCACCGGGCCUUUCAACAAUGUUAGCCAACCUCUUCUCUAUGAGGUCAUUCAUAAAG